CUUAUAACGGGGGUUUACUGAAGAAUCUGGCAACUCGGCAUACAACAAAGGAAAACUAGCGUAAUCAUUACGCGCGUUUAUUUUUGCCUUGUUUUUAUUAUUUACGCAACGUAGUCUAGUUUUAUACUUCCGUUUGUCCGACUACGGCCUUAUGCUCCACGACUGAUAAAGCAUGGCUGAACAAAGUUAAACGCACGGCGUGGAUCCUAACAGACUGAUCAUCCUUGCUAGGGUCCUCAGUGACCCCAGAGAGAAUGCACCGCUGUGGGGACAAAGACUUCCAGACAUCGACCAGAAAAAUGGGCACAUCGUUGCUCUUCCAGCUGUCAGGUCAUGAACGAGAGCUGGACCUGGUGUUCCUGGACCACAGCUACGCCAAACCCUGGAACGCACAUCCAGACGCCAGCAGCGCCCGGCCCACCAGAGCGCUGUUCGUCACCGAUCGUCGUCGGCAGCCCGAUGGCCCAUCAGAGUCGGAUGCGGUGCUGGAUAUUGAGACAGUCACUCCCACACCCAUCCCCCUGUAUGAUAACCAGAAAGCCCGGAGUGUGAUGAAGGAAUGCGAGAGACACGUCUUAUUUGCUCGAACCAUUGCUGAUAAUCCCCCGCCCCCCGACGACUGGGAGGACCACGUCAACAAAACUGGGUGGUCCUUGGUGCAGAACAAGUUGUUCAAUAAACUGCUUAAAGCGCUGCAGACCGAACGCCUAGCCCGGCUCGCCAACGAAAAUGCCUGCAAUGAACCAGUCUUGCGUAGGAUUGCUGUGGAUAAGUGUGCCAGGAAAGUGCGUCAUGCGCUAGCUAGUGUCAACUGGGACACAAAGCUGACUCAGUGGUUGCACACUACCUUGAUCGAGUCCUUGAGCCUCGCCAUGCUCGCUGCCUAUCUGGAUGUCCUCCAGACCCUCAAAAGCAAGUUGCCAUCCCUGAUUGACAGGAUGCUGCAGACGUCCUCUGCCAAGAGCGGAGCGGCCGGUGCUGAGGCCCUCUCGCUGUUACUGAAACGUCCCUGGGACCCAGCUGUGGGGGUUCUGUCCCAUAACAAACCGAGCAAGCUCCCUGGCUCCCCCCUCAUCCUGAUCGCCCCCUCAGGCCCCACCAACCCUGCCCUUUCCACCUCCCGGAGAAUGAGGUUCUGGCAAUCUCAGCUCUCUUGUCUCGGAAAGGUCAUUCCAGUGAACACCCAUGUAAACAGUGGAUCAAAUGUUGGGAUUAAUCAAUGUCUGGAGCACAUGUUGGGGACCGUGAGGGCAAAAGUCAUGGAGGUUCACAGCCAUUUCCCUCUCAAACCCAUUGUCCUGGUGGGGUGGAAUGUAGGAGCUCUUAUCGCCUGUCAUGUCUCGCUGAUGGAGUAUCUGACGGCUGUGGUGUGUCUGGGCUUUCCCCUUCUCACUGUCAAUGGACCAAGAGGGGAUGUGGACGACAUGCUGCUGGACAUGAAUACGCCGGUGCUGUUUGUGGUGGGGCAGAACGCCCUGCAGUGCAGCACGGAGGCCAUGGAGGAGUUCAGGGAGAGGCUGAGGGCCGACAACAGCAUGGUGGUGGUGGGAGGGGCUGACGACUACCUCAGGAUCAACUCAACCAAAAUGAAAACGGAGGGACUCACUCAGACCAUGGUGGAUCGCUGCCUGCAGGACGAGAUAGCGGACUUCCUGUCUGUGGUGCUGACCCGGGCAGAGAGCCACAGCCACGGCUCAGGGGAGCUGAGGGACCUGGACACGGAGAAGAAGAGGAGGCCCCGGAGAGAGCUGCCCUUCGACCUGGAGCGGGGCCGGCCCUCGUCGCCGGCCAUGAGGCUCCCCAUCUCCCCCUCAGGCUCGGAGGAUCUUUCCAGCAUCUGCAGCAGUCCCACCUCCAGCCCCAAGCCCAAAACCUCCGGCCUCUCUCCAGCUCAGAAGUCCAGCCUGAUCACAGCCACACAGCUCCUCAAGACGCACAUGCAGCGCUCCGGCACCACGCUCACACACAAGCAGGCUCAAGCUCAGUUUGCAGCUUUUAUGAAACAAAACAUGCUUGUGAGGAAAAACCUUCCUCCGGGCACCCCUCCCUGUGUCUUUGUGCCCGUGUCCAGCGACCAGGCGGAGGGCAUGGACCGGGAUGAGUUCCGGCCCCACGGCAAGAGGAGGCAGACCCCCAGCCCCACGCCCGGCCGCGGCUCCAAGAAGGCCAAGAUCAAGGUCACCAUCGUAUCCCAAGGCGAGUCAGCAGGGGGCGCCCUCGCUUCUUCCACGCAGGAAGCCGGGGCCUCGGGGAGGCCAGUGACCAUGACGGUGGGCCAGACCGUGGCUGGGGCCAAGGAACUCUCCGGCCUCCUGACAGCUCAACGGUCUGCUAGUGUCUCAGAGGUGUCUAGUGGCCUGUCCGCAGGCCCCAGCUCUCUCGGCAGCGUGCAGUCUUGCAUGGUGUCGUUGUCCUCCGCGCCAGCCCAGGGGCCGGCUCCUGCUACCUCCCAAGCGCCGUCCGCCAGCAGUCUGCUCCAAGGCCUAAGCUUCAGUCUACAGGAGAUCGUCACCAAAGCACCUAGCUCUCCCGCCACAUCCGCAAGCACAGGCGGCACCCAGGUGAUGUCUGGGAGGACCCAGGGCCAGGUGCUGAGCUCCAUCUGCAGCAGCACUCUGCUGCGAGCGGUGCCGCUGACCUCCGCAGGCGGCGUGUCCAAGACCACCGCCAUCCACCAGCUCCUCACCAACGGCGGCCUGGCCAAGCUGGCCAGCAGUCUGCCCGGUCUGGCCCACAUCAGCCACAGCCAGAGCGCCGGGCAGAAAGCCCCCACGUCUAUCAUGGUGACCCUGCGAGGAUCUCAGCCCAGAGUGGGAUCAUUAAACCAGCCUGCCGCUCUGACGCUGGCGAAGACUCCAGACCCAAAGCAGUGAUGCACGAGGAUUUCUCGCCACGAUUGGCUGGCUGCUAGAACCAGCUCACUCUCAGAGACCUGCCCUGGGGCUGUGACCUACAGAUGGGCCUUUAGGAGGCAGAGCCACCCCGCCCGCCUUGACCUGGGCCCUGACUGACCCACCCUCUCAUCUGACCGGGCAUCAAGGCCUGAUCUGGAUGAAAGACUGAAGAGGCCAAGACCACUCGUUGGUCUGGCAACACUGAGCACUGCUACAUGCUGCUGCUAUGCUCCAAAAAGCUGAAGGCUUGAUUACAAUAUGUCGCUAUGUGCUCCCCUCGUUUCAGAAGAAGAAGCUGUAGAGAUCAUGGAUUAUGCUCUUUGCAAGAGAAUUGUUUAUUGUCUGACAAUGUGGAUUAUUGUGUUCAUAGGGAACUAACCAUGUUUUAGUUUAUGUUCAUUUCUUACUGUUGUGGGUUUUAUAAUGAUCUAUUUAUUAUCCCCUAUCACUUAUAACCUCUGGAGAUAUUCAUAACUACAUUUUAUUCAUAAUUGUUUACAGUGAACAAAAGCUCAUUUCAAGUCUUUUGUUUUCUUUGCAGAAUGAUUUCUUUGUUGUUUUAUAAUUGUUUUUUUCAUUAUAUAUUGAUUGCUAAAAUGAUUGCAUGAACCUUCGAAAACGGAACCUUUAAAAACGUCUGUCCCAUAUUUGUUUUGUCAUUGAAAAAUCUCAACUCCAUAAUUAACUCUUUGAAAUUCAGGCUAAACAACUACAAGUAAAUCCCCCCUCUAAUAAAGCGCUGUGUUUUCAAUA